AUGAAGAGUGAAAGUAUUCCCAUGGCGCAAGAAGCAGAAUCUCCAUUGAGUCCUGCUGAAAUUGAGGUUCUCCGCAGACAAUUCGUUAAAGAAGGCGAAUAUGUGACCAUUCAAACCAAAUUCAAUUAUGCUUGGAGUCUGAUUCGAUCAGCAGAUCGACAGCAAAUUGGCGAAGGAAUACAGUUAUUGACAGAAAUAUUCCAUGACUCACCAGAAAGACGUCGAGAGUGCCUGUACUAUCUUGCCAUCGGUCAUUACAAGAUUGGAAACUACUCUGAAGCACGCAAAUUCAAUCUAGAGCUGCUCAAGCAUGAGCCAAGAAACGAGCAAGCGCGUGAUUUGGAUAGGCGAAUUGAUGAAAAGGUGUCCAAAGAGGGAGCAAUUGGUCUGGCGAUAGUGGGCGGCGUUGUCACUGUGGGUGCGGCCCUGUUGGCAGCGAUUGUGAAACGAUCAAGACAUUAA